GACAGCUUACAGUUUCUAGUGCUGCAUUUGUCUCACUAUCAUGAAAGGUGUUUUCGGACUCCUGGUGAUGCUACUCAGAGUAUCACAAGCAGUGGAAACUUUCUGUGAUGGCAGACAGGAUGGAGCUCUGUGUUACGGCGCUUUGGGCGGAAGUGUGGAACUCCAGCUGAUGGACGGCGCCUCAGAAAUACCCAGAUACAAGUGGAGGAAGAAAGUAUCAGCUACCAAAAUCUACCAAAUGAUUCUUACAGGUCAAAAGAACAAGGUUGAAAAGAAUACUUUGAGUAGCAGAUCUGUUUUUUUUCCCAAUAACGGAACUUUCAGGAUCAAUAACCUGAACAGCACUGACAGUGGUGAAUACACACUUGAGUUUUUUGAUUCAAAUGAACAUAAAAACCAAAGUCAGACUCUACAGUUGUUUAUAGAAGCACCGGUGUCCUCUGUCCAGCUUGUCUCUGAGUGUUUGUCCCAAGGACUAAUAAGGGCUUUCUGUCUUCCUGAGGGAGGGGACAGUCCUCAGUACAGCUGGACUCUGGAUGGACAUGCACUAACAGACUCUGAGCUCCUCUCUCGAGAUAAUGACACAAACUCAAUACUCUUGAGACAAAAUAUCUAUGGACGUCUGUCCUGCUCAGUCAGGAAUCAUAUCAGUCAUGUCUCCAGGGAUCAAAUUGUGUCUGUCUGUAAAGAAAUGAAAACUUACUGCGAUGGCAGACAGAAUGGAACUCAGUGUUAUAGACCUCUGGGGGCAACUGUGGUUCUCCAUCUGAUGGACAGCUUAUUAGAAAUACCUAAAUAUGAAUGGAGACGUCAAAGCUCAACAAUCUUUAAGGGCAGAACGAAUACAAUUUUUCCACAUCCCCUCCAGAGCAGAUAUCUCUUAAUGCCGAGUAAUGGUACAUUUACUAUACAGAACCUUAUGAAGGCUGACAGUGGUAAAUAUACUCUGGAAACCUUUAACUCAGAUGGACAGAAAACAGGGCAGCAUACUCUCCAGCUGACUGUUCAAGCUCCUGUGUCCUCUGUCCAGCUGGUUACCGAGUGUCUGUCCAAGUUAGAGCUGAAGGUGUCCUGUCUCAUAGCGGAAGGGGACAGUCCUCAGUACAGCUGGACUCUGGAUGGAAACACUUUGACAGAUUCUGAGCUCAUUUCUGGAAACAAUGAGACGAACAUCAUCGUUCUGAGACAAAAUGUCUCAGGACGUCUCCUCUGCUCAGUUAGGAAUCACAUCAGUCGUGUCUCCAAAGGAGAAUUAAUUUUUCCGUGUAAAGACGCUUCUCAGCUCGUAUGUGGUUUGAUGUUUGCUGCAGCCAUUCUUUCAUGUGGUGGGAUUGGCCUCUAUUUCAAAUGGAAGGAGACAAAAUAUAAGAAAAUGCUCAUCACACCACAAAUAAAAGAGAAUCCAGAGGACUUUCAAAUUAUUGAACAAAGUAAUUUGGCUGAUGUUUAAGUACUAACCUUUGUAGGUGUCCU